AUGUAGAUAUCCCUGCCUCAUUAAAUUCACAUCACUUCUUUGAAUCCUUAGAGUGACAGCUAAUAAAUAAUAACUGGUUAUUUGUGUUAAUCUGUAUUGAAAUUAAGAGAUAGAAAAAAUUUACAAUAGGCAAUUGAAUUGGUUGGAACUAGUAAUGCAAUCCCAAUCUGUGUUUUGAUAGCUGAAAUUAUCACGAAAAAUUCUCCAGGAUUAUCAUAGAUUACAUACUUUCAAAAAGAUAAUAAAACACAGGAUUAAGAGUCUUCUUAGAUUGGAAUUAGAAUCAGACUAACCUAUUAGCCUACAGAAGCUGAAAUGAGAGAGCCUGGUUAUUAAUUGAGAGAAGUAGAUCCACUCAAAUAGCAUAAUUGGGAUGACUUGUAUAAAUUUAUAUUGACGUACUCUAAAGAUUUGUCAAUGAUUAAAAAUCAUGGUAAAGAGAUUUUAAGAUUGUAAUCAGAAGAGAAAUAGUUAGAUUAAAGUUCAUCUUAAUCUUUAUGCCAUUAAUCAGAGAGUCAUAUUACUAUGAAUAAUUAUGAUUCUAAUUCAUUUGUUUAUACAUCCGACCGUGGAAUAGAUGAUGCAAAUAGAUCUAAACUUAAAACUAGAGGAUAAAAAAGAUUAUGA